AUCUCAACUCUCCUCUCCUGACUGUAUCCGAUCCGCAAAACAUCGCGGCGCUCAGAUCGGAAUAUCUUCAUUCAUGAUUUUUCGGUUUGUUUUUGAACAUUUUAUCGCGUUGUUCAGGAUUUUAGUGUUGUAAGGAUUAAGUGUUGCGAUGCUUCUUGUCAGGAGAAACACUUUGGUCCUGUGUGUCCUUCUGCUCCAGGCGCACGUGUGUAUAUCCUCUAAAGGAGAGGACAGACUGUUCCGAAGACUCUUCCGGAAGUAUAAUCAGUUUAUCCGGCCGGUGGAGAACGUGUCAGAUCCGGUGACGGUGGAGUUUGAGGUCUCCAUCUCUCAGCUCGUCAAAGUGGACGAAGUUAAUCAGAUAAUGGAGACCAACCUGUGGCUACGACAUAUAUGGAACGACUACAAACUGAAAUGGUCUCCAGCAGAUUUUGAUGGCAUUGAGUACAUCAGGGUUCCAUCCAAUAAGAUCUGGAGGCCUGACAUUGUGCUCUACAACAAUGCUGUAGGUGACUUCUUGGUGGAAGACAAGACCAAAGCUCUGCUGAAGUAUGAUGGUACCAUCACCUGGGUUCCUCCAGCCAUCUUCAAGUCCUCCUGCCCAAUGGACAUCACUUACUUCCCCUUUGACUACCAGAACUGCUCAAUGAAGUUUGGUUCAUGGACAUACGACAAAGCCAAGAUUGACUUGGUGCUGAUUGGCUCCACGGUAAACGUCAAGGACUUCUGGGAGAGCGGUGAGUGGGAGAUAAUUGAUGCACCAGGCUACAAGCAUGACAUCAAGUACAACUGCUGUGAGGAGAUUUACACGGACAUUACGUACAGCUUCUACAUCCGCCGCCUGCCUCUGUUCUACACCAUCAACCUAAUCAUUCCAUGCCUCCUCAUCUCUUUCCUGACCGUCCUGGUCUUUUAUCUUCCGUCUGAUUGUGGUGAGAAAGUGACACUAUGCAUUUCUGUACUCCUUUCCCUCACUGUCUUCCUCCUUGUCAUCACCGAGACCAUUCCGUCCACUUCUCUCGUCAUCCCCCUGAUUGGUGAAUACCUGCUCUUCACCAUGAUCUUUGUCACGCUUUCCAUCGUUAUUACCGUCUUUGUGCUCAACGUGCACUACCGCACUCCCACCACCCACGCCAUGCCCUCCUGGGUGCGAGCUGUCUUCCUGCGAGCUCUGCCCAGAAUUAUGCUAAUGAGACGUCCCAUGGACCAAUCAGAAUCCUCCGGAAAAGCAAGUCUAUCUGAGGGAUCAUCCGGAGAAGUAGAAGGGAAGAAACGGAAGAACAGUUGCAGCAACUGUUUGGAGUUUGGCGAGGGGAAAGCAAGGGAGGGGGAGGUAAAGAAAGGCCUGUGUCCAUGCCAUCCCACGAAGGAGCCUCCUGAAGUUGAUUGUGGGAAGCAGAGUCGGCAGCUGAGCGCUGUUAACACGGUGGUGGCAUUUUCAGUGGUGUCACCUGAAAUCAAGCAGGCCAUCGAGAGUGUCAAGUAUAUUGCAGAGAACAUGAGGAGCCGCAACAAGGCUAAAGAGGUGGAAGACGAUUGGAAGUACGUUGCUAUGGUAAUCGAUCGAAUCUUCCUGUGGGUUUUUGUGCUGGUGUGUGUCCUUGGAACAAUGGGUCUCUUCUUCCAGCCUCUCAUCAGCUUCUUCGCAUGACAGCUGACCAGAUCACACCUUCCCCAUUAGCAGAGACACAGCAAUCACUCAAAUUCAGCAGACCACCCGAUUUACCCACGCACGAGUUUCCAUUCACCCAAAAAACCAAGAAGGAGUGAACACCUUCUCACAUUCUGACUGCAUGUUGAAGGUUUGUGGCAGUCUGGUCAACCAAAUCGGAUCACAAGUCACAAACCUAUUUUAACAAACCAACUCAAAAAUGGUUGUAUUUCUGUUACUUUCCCUUAUGUCUGCCACUGCCUGUAAACCUCACACUAUAUGAGGCACUGUGGUUAAGACUUCCAAGACGCUGGGUAAGAAAGUUUGAUUCGAGUUCACAUCCAGGGGGCAUGGUGGCUUAGUGGUUAGCAUGUUUGCCUCACACCUCCAGGGUUGGGGGUUUGAUUCCCACCUCUGCCUUGUGUGUGUGGAGUUUGAAUGUUCUCCCCGUGCCUCGGGGGUUUCCUC